AUGGAUAUCAAGGCAAACAAAGCUCCCUAUAACAUUCCCGCCGAUGCUGUAUGGUUUAUCACCGGCUGCUCCUCGGGCAUUGGCAAGUCCUUGGCGAAAGAGCUCCUGGCACACCCUACAUAUCGAGUUGUCGCCACGGCCCGCAAUCCUUCGACCUUGGCCGACCUCGACGGCUCCGAAGGUCGCCUUUUCACCACGGCCCUGGAUGUGACCGUGAGCGAAAGCAGGGACGCCGCGGUGGCGGCGGCGCUGGCCAAGUUUGGGCGCAUCGACAUUUUCGUCAACAAUGCGGGCCAGGGGUUUCACAGCGACAGCGAGCAGCCCUGUCCCGAAAGUGAGCGUAGGCAGUUCGACGUCAAUUUCUGGGGCCCAAUGGAGCUCACCAGGCAUGCCGUCAGGGUCAUGCGCGAGGAGAACCCAAAGAACGGAGGUGCUCCCGGCGGUGUCAUCAUCAACGUCACCAGCGGCGUUGGCUUCAUGGCCAUACCGGGCGCCCCCUUUUAUUGCGCAUCCAAGUUUGCUCUUGAGGGCUUCACUGAGUCGUUUUCCAAAGAGGUCCGGCCAGAGUGGAAUAUUCACUUUUGCAUCGCCGAGCCCGGCGGCAUUGCUACAAAGUUCCAGCAAAACUUAUCAAUUGGACCCCGCCACCCGGCAUACGAGGCCCCCGACACGCCGACGCGAGCGUUCGAGGCUUGGCUCAAGGCCGCAACCGCGGCCGGCUUCUGCUCGCCAGAAGCGACUGCGCGGGCCUUGAUCGAGGUAGUGGAAGGCGCCAAGGAGGGCGCUGCGGGCCGCAUCCCCUUGCGAUUACCCACCGGGGCAGACGCCUUCCACGCCGUCAAGGCCGAAGUGGACAGCAUAGCCGCGGACUUGGAGGAGUUCAAGAAGGUGUCUCUGCUCCCGUCAAGUCAGUAA